AUGCAGAUUCUGCCCGGCCAGCGGGUGGGAGGCUUCAGCCCGGCUCCGCCCCUCCGGCCGCGCCGGGAGGAUGCAGCGUCCGCUGCGGCCUGGGGGCCCGGGGGCGGGGGGCUCCAGCUGCUUGUCUGGUUCCUGCUUGUGAACAGUCGCCCAGGGGGCUGCCGCGACAUUAGUGUUCACGAUGGUCAGAGCUGAGUGGGAGUGGGGCAGCUCUAGCCCCUCCAAGGAUUUACCACCUCAGUCUUCCAGCAUUUGCAAGUUGUACUCCAGCAGACUGUACCCCAAGGUCUGUUCUGGAAGGGUGACAUCACUCAGGAUGUGAGAACACAAAAAAUGGAGCACAUCAACCCCCAAGAUCCAUGUCUGAGGGAUGAGAAGGCAGUUUUCCCACUAAAAUCUUCACAGAGCCCAGUGGCCAAGGUGAGCAGGGAUCGGUGCUCUACCUCCAGAGUGGUUUCAAAGGCCCUGAAGUGAGAGGUGGGCAACCCUGUCAAGGGCUUCUUUGGUCCAUUUCCCACCUUGGGCCACAACCUUGUUGCUGAUUGAGACUCACUGGAACCCUCCCAGCCCCAGUGCCCUUCCCUCUCCCCUUCAGAGGGGCGGUCCUUGGAUGAUGCAAAUCUCAAUCAUUAAAGGAGACUUUGAUGCA